AUGGAAGCUUCAAAGUUACAGAAGAAGAAAAAUACUAUCAGUAAAGGUAAAUUAAAAAAAAACAUAAAAAACGUAAUAUGCCGCCCUGACCAAGUGUUUUGGCCUGAAAUAAUGGAGGACAAUAGGUUAAGGUUAGAAAAUAUCUUAAAUAAAUAUAAAGUAAAAAUACCAGAAUUCAAGAAACCACAUUGGAAAGAACUCAUGUUAAUACCCAAAGAAAAUCGACCGAAACCUCCAAAAAUCAAAAAAGUGGAUGGUCUGUUAUUUGGUAUAACUGAGUGCAGCCAUGCUAUUGAUAAAUACCAAUGUUCAGCUAUUAUACUUGAAUCAGCAGUCAAUCCAAGGAUAAUUGUGGAACCAAUUUUAGAAAAAUGCACACUUAGAGAAAUACCUGUACUGUGCAUGAGAGAUUUAAGGAAACUUACUUUACUUAACUUUGGUGUGAAAACUAGCUGCUUAGGGUUAAGAAAUGAAUGUUUGCUUGAUGUUUAUAAUGAAAUAAUAACCAUGUAUACUAGACUCAAACCAACUGACAACAAAGAAAUUGAUAGAUAUGCAAAAAUGCAUAUUAAGAGGAUAGUCAGUAAGAAAUAA